GAGCGGGCUCUGAUUAGUGAGCCUAUCGGUGACGAACAAAUUCUAAACCAAUGAGAAGUCGGGGCGGGCACUGAGGCUGGAUCACGUGACCGGAAGAGAAGCGGGAGCGUCGCUAUGUCCUCGGGGGACCUGGAGAACGACGAGCACACGGCCACCAUCCUGCAGGGCCUGGUGGCCACAGCCCUGGGGCUACGGUUGCCCCGUGGCCACGAGCCGCCCUUCCGCCGCCUCUCGGUGGUUUUUGGCGAGCACUCCCUCCUUGUCACCGUCUCGGGACAGAAACUCUUCGUGGUCAAGCGCCACCACCACGUCCAGGAGCCGGUGGCCGUGUGAAAAAUGUCCCCAAGAUGUCCCCAGAGGAGGUGGCACAGUCCCCGGCCACCUUCUGCUGUCCCCAAAGUGUCCCCAAAUCCCCCCAGUGGGGACAAUAAACGACGUCCGAGGGUGGCUUUGGUGCUUUGUGACAUCCAGGUGACA